GAAAAAUUACUUCUACGAGCUUUAGAAUCAUUUUCAUAACCAAAGUCAAAACAUGGGUAGUAAUGCUCAGAGGUUUCAUGUUAUGUUCUUCCCUUUCAUGGCUCAUGGUCACAUGAUACCAACUCUAGACAUGGCUAAGCUUUUCUCAAGCAGAGGAGCUAAAUCCACAAUCCUCACCACAACUCUCAACUCCAAGAUCCUCCAAAAACGCAUCGACACAUUCAAGAACCUGAACCCUAGUCUUGAAAUGGAGAUCCAAAUCUUGGACUUUCCUUGCGUGCAGCUAGGGUUACCAGAAGGAUGCGAAAAUGCUGAUUUCUUAACCUCAAACAACAAUGAUGAUAGAGAAGACAUGAUCCUUAAUUUCUUUUUGUCGACAAGGUUUUUCAAAGACCAGCUUGAGAAGCUUCUGGAGACAAUGCGACCAAAUUGUCUUAUCGCCGACAUGUUCUUCCCAUGGGCUACUCAAGCUGCUGAGAAGUUCAACGUGCCAAGACUUGUGUUCCACGGCUUUGGCUACUUCCCCUUAUGCUUUGCUCACUGCAUCAAGUUGCAUAAACCACACAAGAGAGUAGCUUCUAGCUGUGAGCCAUUUGUUAUCCCUGAUCUCCCUGGGAACAUAGUGAUAACUCAAGAACAGAUCAACGACCGCGACGAAGGAACCGAGAUGGGGAAGUUUAUGGUCGAGGUUAAAGAAUCGGGAAUGAAGAGCUCAGGUGUUGUUGUGAACAGCUUUUACGAGCUUGAACCUGAUUACGCUGAUUUUUACAAGAGCGUUGUAGCGAAGAGAGCGUGGAAUAUCGGUCCGCUCUCUGUUCUAAACAGAGGAUUUGAGGAGAAGGCUGAAAGAGGUAAGAAAGCGAGUGUUGAUGAGGUUGAAUGCCUCAAAUGGCUUGACUCCAAGGAACAGAACUCAGUCGUUUACGUUUCAUUUGGGAGCGUGGCUAACUUCAAGAACCAGCAGUUGAUAGAGAUCGCUGCAGGUUUAGAAGCUUCUGGCAAAAACUUCAUCUGGGUUGUUAGGAAAAACAAAGGUGACAAUGAAGAAUGGUUACCAGAAGGGAUGGAGGAGAGGACUAAAGGGAGAGGGAUGAUAAUUAGAGGAUGGGCCCCACAGGUGCUUAUACUUGACCACCAAGCGACCGGUGGGUUCGUGACACAUUGUGGCUGGAACUCGCUUCUUGAAGGAGUGGCUGCUGGGGUACCGAUGGUGACGUGGCCCGUUGGAGCUGAGCAGUUCUACAACGAGAAACUGGUUACGCAAGUGCUCAGAACGGGAGUGACCGUGGGAGCGAAAAGGCAGGUGAAGGGGUUGGAAGAUUACAUUAGCCGAGAGAAAGUUGAUAAAGCGGUGAGGGAGGUGUUGGAUGGGGAAGAGGCAGAGGAGAGGCGUAGACGGGCUAAGAAGCUGGGGGAGAAAGCUAACGUUGCUGUGGAGGAAGGAGGGUCUUCUUUUGACGAUCUAAACAGCUUCAUUGAAGAGUUUAGCUCAUAAUAUUUGUGUUAAGAAUCUAUUAUAUUCAUGUGAUGUUUAAAGGGUGUGGACUACUCAGCUUUGGCCAAGUCUCACUUAUUCAGUUCUAUGUUCAAAUAAAUCUAUGUUCAACUUAAACUUUUGGAAAACAUCGAUGGGUGAGAAUAAGAUAUACUAUCACCAAAGU